GCCUGACUCACUGAGUGUUUCCAGCAACUUUGGUUGUCGGUGUUUCUCCGAUUUGGUGGCACAGUGGUGCAGCUAGUAAAGCUGCUCUCUUGCAGUUCCAGCAGCGAUAGAGUUGCUGCCUCACUCGGCCUGAUGCAUUCCGUUGGCUUGGCCCAAUUGUACCGGGCAUCCCCCGAAUUAGGAGCUUGUGAAAGAUCCAUUUCCGCAUCCCUCAAGGGCACUGGAAACAAUUAAUGUGCAACUAAAUGCAGUGGGAUGAAUCGUACUAAAAACCUGGCAAAUAAUGCAUCAUGGUGAACAAAUGGAUAAGUUGCUCCCAGAAAAUGGCAGAUUCAAGGAGGAAGGAGCAGAUAGCAUUUCCGAGUCUUCUCCAGAAUCGGUUUGCCCAUUGGAUGUCGGACCUGCCGGAGAAGCUCUGGGACAUGUCUCUGUGCAACCUGGCUAUCCCAGGAAGCCAUGACUCGAUGAGUUACUGCUUAGACUUAAGUUCUCCUGUCAAACCUUCAGAGAAGAUUUUAAAGUAUCUGGAUCAUGUCAUGCCCUGCAUCACGCGUCCGGAGAUACACAAAUGGUGUAAAACCCAGGAAUCUGGCGUAACUCAGCAGCUGGAGGAGGGAGUUCGCUUCUUUGAUCUAAGGAUUGCUCACAAACCAAAUGAUGCAACUGAACAUUUAUACUUUAUUCAUGGGGUCUACACAACCGUAACUGUUCAGGAUGCUUUUAAGGAGUUUGGCGAGUGGUUGGAAACCCAUCCCAAGGAAGUGGUUAUAUUGGCCUGCAGAUUCAUGGAAGGGAUGACUGAACUGCAGCAUCACCGGUUAAUUCAGAAAAUAACAAACACAUUUGGGGCCAAGCUUUGCCUGAAGACCUCUAUUGAACAAGUAACAUUACGGAAACUGUGGAAGUUGGGUCGUCAAGUCAUCAUAUCUUACGAUUACUUUAUUGCAAAGGAUUAUCCGGAACUUUGGCCUGGAAUCCCGUAUUGGUGGGCAGAUACAUACAAUGCUAAGUCACUCGUUCACUAUCUGGAAACCCAGAAACAGGUUGGACGACCAGAUGGCUUCUUUGUUGCUGGCAUGAACCUUACCGAAGAUUGGUGGUACAUUGCAACUCACCUUAUCAGUUCUUUGAAGAAACUGACAUUUCCUAAUUAUCCAUAUUUGUGUGACUGGAUUAAGAAGCAGUGUGUAGGGCCAGGAAAGCCCUGUUUUAAUAUCAUUGCAGGGGAUUUUAUCGGAGCUGGCUACCUGGUUCCUGUUGUACUUGACCUCAAUAGAAAACUGAUUUAAAAUGAAA